CCUCUUCCCCAACUCUCUCUCUCUCUCUCCCCCUCUCACCCUCCUCCUCCUCUCCUCCACCGACCCGUUGUUUCUUCUCCAAUUCCAAAUUUUCUCAAUUUUCUGUGUGGUUCUGGGGAAUCUUCAGUCAGACAAGAAAAGGUUCGCCCCGUUAAAUAAGUAGCUCUUGUUUGGGAUUUUCAUUUUAAUAAGCUAAGAUGUCUUCACCAAGCAAGCGGAGAGAGAUGGAUGUCAUGAAGUUGAUGAUGAGUGACUAUAAUGUGGAGACAAUAAAUGAUGGGCUGAAUGAAUUCAAUGUGGAAUUCCAUGGUCCGAAAGAAAGCCUUUAUGAAGGAGGGGUUUGGAAAAUCCGUGUUGAGCUUCCGGAUGCUUAUCCAUAUAAAUCUCCUUCUAUUGGCUUCAUGAACAAGAUUUUCCACCCUAAUGUUGAUGAGCUAUCUGGUUCUGUCUGCUUAGAUGUAAUUAACCAAUCAUGGAGUCCAAUGUUUGACCUUUUAAAUGUUUUUGAAGUUUUCCUUCCACAACUGUUGCUUUAUCCAAAUCCUUCAGAUCCACUCAACGGUGAUGCAGCGUCAUUGAUGAUGAAGGACCGAAAACUCUACGAUCAGAAGGUCAAAGAGUACUGCGAGCGAUAUGCAAAGAAGGAGCACAUUACCAAUACAACACCAGACGAGGAGAGCGAUGAUGAGAACAUUAGUGAUGAGGAAAGCAAUUCAAGCGACGAUGACAUUGCUGGACAUGCAGACCCAUAGUGAACUGCAGGUGUAGGGGGAAACUUUACCUUUGAUUAAAAACCUGCUUAUAGUUAUAGCAGCAGCAUUGUAAUCCCCCAUUACAUGCUUACGAUUUGAAUUAAGUUUACUACCAAUAUUUGUAUGACUAGAUUCGAAAAGAUUGCGUUUUCUUGUAAAAAUUAUGAAUUGUGUCAAAUAAUCUACUUCUGUCGUUGGUUACUGAA